UUCAUUUUAUUUUCUAUCAAAACUCAGAGAUUAAAGAUGAUGUUAAGGAAGUUUGGAACAUCAAUUUUCGUCCUCAGUUUUUUCUUUCUUGCUUUGGGGAAAGAGGUUUCAAUCAAGGCGAAGAGUGAGAGCCUUUCAACAAAGAAGAAGGAGAAAUGUACCUAUUUUGUGACAAUAGAGACAACAUGUACAAAGGGUGCAGAAACCUCAAACCAUGUAAGCCUAAGGUUUGGUGAUGAAAAAUCCAAUGACAUUUUAGUGCACCAUUUGAAUUCCAAGCAUUUGAGAAAGAUUGAUCCAUUGGAACCACAAGUUCUUGAUGAUAUUCCCAGAAAACCAUUUCAAGCUUGUAUUACAGAUCAGUUUCAAGUCACUGCUCAAUGCGUCGAAUCGCCAAUUUGCUAUCUCUAUCUUAAAUUGGCUGGAACUGAUGACUGGCGUCCUGGUUUUGCUCAAGUUCAAGUAGUAGAAGGGCCUCAUUUUAGCUCAAAUACAUUCUAUUUUCGACGAUAUUUGCCUCGUCGAGUAUGGCACGGAUUGAACUUGUGUGAAACAGAGGUCACACCUUUUGGAGUAAAGCUUAAGAGAAAAGUAUUUGGAAAAAGAGUUCCAUAAGCCUUUCUGUCAUGUGCAGCAGCGGCUUAAUUAGCGCAUGCAAGAUCUUGUAUAAGCGGUAGUUUAUUAAACUAAACUUGUAUGUUCCGGUUUAGGGCGGUACAUGUUCUAAUAUUUUACUUCCAAAUUGAUGUAGGAGUGAGCAUCGGUCGGUUCGGUCGGUUAUUAUAAAAAUA